CGUUGGAGGCUGACAGGCAGCAGGCGGAUAGUUGCAGCAGUGAACAGCAUGGCUUACAUGGCUAGGAUCGGUCCGUCCAUUCUGAGCAGUAACCUGGCCUGUCUGGGCAGCGAAUGUGUUCGGAUGAUGGAGUGCGGGGCGGACUACCUGCACCUCGACGUCAUGGACGGACAUUUUGUCCCUAACAUCACAUUCGGACAUCCCAUGGUGGAGUGUUUGAGGAAGUCAGUGGGCCAGGACCCUUUCUUUGACAUGCAUAUGAUGGUGUCUCGGCCGGAGCAGUGGGUGAAGCCCAUGGCAGCUGCAGGAGCAAACCAGUACACAUUUCACCUGGAGGCAACCACCAACCCUGGAAACCUCAUCAAGGAGAUAAGAGAGAGUGGCAUGAAGGUGGGUUUGGCCAUAAAGCCGGGGACUUCUGUUGAAGAACUCGCACCCUGGGCUAACCAGAUCGACAUGGCACUGGUCAUGACUGUAGAACCUGGCUUUGGAGGACAGAAGUUCUUGGAGGACAUGAUGCCAAAGGUCAGCUGGCUGAGGAGUCAGUUUCCUUCUUUAGACAUUGAAGUAGACGGAGGAGUCGGCCCUGACACCAUCCACAGAUGUGCAGACGCUGGAGCAAACAUGAUCGUCUCAGGCAGCGCUGUGAUCGGCAGCGACGACCCUCGUUCUGUCAUCGCUCUCCUGCGCACUGCUGUAGCUGAAGCAAUCCAGAAACGUUCACUGGACCGCUGAGACGAUCUUCACCUGUCCAUUCCCAGAACACAACACAGCAGCUAGUGGAGUAGACCCGGACAUUCUAUAUCUGGAGCAGACAUAAGGGGUCUCGAUCUAAAUGGGGGGCUUCUGUGUGGUGCGUAAGCUGACAGAAAUCAGAUCACUUUGAUGUGAGUGAAGCUGCACCGUGCCUCUUCAAAACUUUAUGAACUUUGUCCUGUUCUGCCUCAAUCUCUGAACAAUUAAGUCUUGUCAUAGCCGGGGGGAAUAACUCUCAAGACAGGAGUCGAGGUUACACUUAUUUCACAUGUAAAAACAUUCCUGAAUUUUAUUUGAUUACACUGUAAGUUAAAAGUAUGAAGUAAUUAUGAAAUAAACUGUCCAAGCAGCACUGUGUUCAGCUCAAUCCUCAGUUUAGCUAAUUAUUUUUGACCUUUAUCAUAAAUAGUUUUUCAUAUCAAGAACUUUUAAACUGUUUUGUUGGAACUUAAUGCACUACUGAGCAAAAUUAAUGUUCAAUCAUCAUGAGAUUUGUUUUUUGCAGAUUAAAGCGAUUCAAGUAAAGUCAAGUCUGGAACUCA